AUGUCGACAGUUAAUGUUUUGAGAUACUCUGCGUUGGGUUUGGGGCUAUUUUUUGGUUUUAGAAAUGAUAUGAUUUUGAAGUGUAAUGCUAAGAAGAAAGAGGAGCAGGCACAGUACGAGGAGAAAUUGAAGCUGGUAGAGGAGGCAAAGAAGGAAUACGCCAAGCUACACCCUGUAGUAACUCCUAAAGAUGUGCCUGCGAACGCCUCAUUUAAUUUGGAAGAUCCUAAUAUAGAUUUUGAAAGAGUUAUUCUUAACGCCGUUGAAUCCCUGAAGGAAGCUUCAACAUAA